CACAUUUGUCUGAUAAUGUUUUAAAAUGAAACAAAUCGAGUGAAAUUCCCGCGGAGAUAUCUGUACGGGUACGGAGUAAUACGAUCAAGUGUGUAAAGUUCCGAAUACUGUAAAUAUUUUGGAUAUUUUGGUCAGUAUGACGCAGUUGUUCAAUAUUAUACACUGCAACCAUUUAAAUGGUCGUGUGCGCACCAUUUAUGAAAAUUUAAACACAGAUGUUUGCGGCAUUGUCCGCGUGAAGCUUCUUGUUACUUGUUUAAGCAUAUUGUUAUUGCUUUUUGCCUGUGCUUUCGUUUGGAAAAAGUACGAAACGUGCAAUGCAACAUUGUUAAUGUUUCACAAUUUACGUGCCGCUGUGUCACUGCUAAUGUUGGCUGGAAAUAGUCUUGAUCUGGCCGGAAGCUUGCUGCCCCAACGCAGUGUCCGCCAGCUCGGUCAGCUGUUUGAGUUGACGAAUAGAGGACCCAAUUUUCUGGUUAUAAUAGGAGCGGCAGAAACAUGGAAUGCGCUUGCCUCAACAAUAUUUACAAUUUUGCUAAUGUGUUAUCAUCGAGUCAUAGAGCGCAAGAAGAUGACAGUAUUUUUGUAUGCCAGCAUCGUCUGCGAGGUAUUGGCUCUCGCUGUGCACUGCCAUGAGCUGACAGAAGUUGCGUACUAUGAGGAUUUCCUAGAGCUUCAGACGUGCCUUGUGGGCAUGUCUGCAUUGUGUCUGCUGCUAUUGGCUUCGUUGGAUGGGUACACCAUGUAUAAUGAGCACUUUCGUGACAGCUAUGUGGAUGAUCCUGAAAAAAUAGGCUAUAAACAUUCGUUUGCAACAUUUUACUCAAAGUCAUGUUUCUGGUGGUUGACGCCUUUGCUGUGGUUGGGCUACAAGGAACCGCUGGAACUUGAAGAUUUGGGUGCAAUGAAAUUAGAGGAUAGUGCCAGAUCGCACUACGAUCACUUUUUGUAUAUUUACACAGAUGAGGUGAAAAAAUCCAAUUCCUCCCCAUCCCUAUGGUAUUGCUAUGUAAAGAACAGUUGGCGUAUGUUUGCACUGGGCGGCAUUUUCAAACUGGCUGCAGACUUAUUUGCAUUGGUUGGCCCACUUGCAAUACAGCAAAUAGUUCAAUAUAUAGAAGAGCUUUAUGCUGAAACGACUCAUCCAUCAAUACAAUCGGCGGGGAAACACGAGACAGGUUUCCAUGCACUUAUGUUGGCCUCUAAUGUGAGCGCUGAUGCGGAUGACGAUAUUUUCGGUACUAAUAUUGAUAGAGUAAGAAUUUACUAUGCCACCUGGUCGGAGUUGUUAACAAAUGGCUGGAGCAUUGCUUGGAUUGUUCUGUUAGCUGCACUGACUCAGGGUUCGUUGUCCCAAGCUUCUACGCACAUACUUAACAUGACGGGCAUCUGGAUAAAAACAUCACUUCAAGGUCUCAUUUACCGCAAGACUUUAUUAUUAAAUGCAAGCAGUGGUUGUUCUGAUAAUAAUAGCAUAGCCCAAACAGCAUCAUCCUCUACUUAUACUACGCUAAAAACGGACGCCAAAGAUCAGAUGAAUACGGAUGAAAGCGCCAAGGAGAAACCAACUCAAGAAAAUGUGGAAUAUAGCGGCGAUUUAAAUCCUUCUUAUGACAUCGGCAGCAUUACCAAUCACAUGACGGAAGAUACACUAAACAUAAUGCAAUUUUUCUGGAUCGCCCACUAUGCAUGGGCAAUACCAUUUAAGAUAUCAGUGAUAAUUUACUUGCUUUAUCUCAAGUUGGGCAUAAGUGCUGUCAUUGGAGCCAUUGUGUGUAUUCUAAUAAUGACGCCCUUACAAUUUCUCAUAGGAAAUGCCAUGUCCAAAAACAGCGAAGUUAUUGCGAAAUACACUGAUGAACGCUUAAAAAAAAUACACGACACAUUGAUGGGCAUCAAAGUUAUAAAGCUAAAUGCCUGGGAUGAGGUUUUCUUUAAGAAAAUUCAAGUAGCACGCAAAAAGGAGCUCAAAUAUCUCAACAAGGACGCCCUAUUUUGGACGUUAAUGACAAUUCUUACACAUAUUUCAACAGUGUUAAUCACAUUUGUGACUCUGGGUGUUUAUGUUUGGCUUCCACAAGAGGCGAACUUUAAUUUAAACGCCAGUCGAUUGUUCUCUGCAUUGGCCCUUUUCCAGCAGCUAACAGUUCCUCUGUUGAUUUUUCCAAUUACUGUACCAAUAAUUAUAGCAGCCAGGGUUUCAACGCGUCGCCUGGAGCGAUUUUUUGAGGCCAAUGAGAUACAGAAACAAUUUGAGGGCAUUCGAAAUAUGGCCCGGAUAUUAAGCAAAAGUGAUGCCUCAUUGGAUAUGUAUGAGACGCAGGAGAAGUCCAAUAUGACAAUGCGCACAGCCCAGGCAGAGAAUUUGCUGAGUGAAAAGCAUAUUGCACAACGAAUACCAAAAAUCGAACCUCCGAUAGAGGAGAAUUCUUUGCCGACUACCAAGACCUAUCCACCCCAGCAUCGCGACGAACAGCAGCAAUAUCUGGGUGCCAUUUCUGCAUCGUUUCUUCAAGAGGUUGGCCAUCAAAAGCUGGUACAACAGCGUCGUGAACUGCUUCGGAAUACACCGUACGUAGCCAUCAGGCCACCAAAACUGCGAGGAAGCUUAGUAGAGAAAAAUCAAGAGUUCUGCGUGAUGCGUUCCAGGAACAGGGAUAGCUGGAGACGGGAUUCCCUCUUGCUUAAAAUGCCCGAUGACAUUGCGGUCUCGAUUAACGACGGUCUCUUCACAUGGCAUCCAGAAAGUCAAAUGCCAAUGGUCCAAUUACACAUUCAAGGCGUGGUCAUACCAAAGGGCAAGCUGACAAUUGUGGUCGGAAAAAAUGGAAGUGGAAAGACAUCCCUCCUGUCGGCUUUACUCAUGGAGAUGCCACUGCUGGCAGGAAAUAUGUUUUGGCACAAAACUUGUACAAUUUCCUAUGUGUCUCAACAACCUUGGCUGCUCAAUGACACCAUUCGGGAGAACAUUCUAUUCGGCGAAUCUUUUCGACCCAGUCGUUACGAUUUUGUGUUGGAGGCCUGUGCCCUUAAGCCUGACAUUGAAAUAAUGCCGAAAGGAGAUUUCACAAUUAUUGGAGAGCGUGGCAUUAAUCUAUCAGGGGGACAAAUACAACGAAUUGCCAUUGCGCGUUCGAUCUAUUCAUCGGCGAAUGUUGUCAUAAUGGAUGAUCCACUGUCCUCGCUUGAUAAUGAGGUCGGGGAUCAUAUAUUUCAGCGUUGCGUGAGGCACAUGCUGCAGAAGUCCAAUCGUACCUUUAUACUUGUGACACAGCAAUUACAGCUCAUAAAGGAAGCGGAUUACGUAAUCGUCAUGAAGGAAGGUCGCCUGCAAGCUUGCGGCAGUAAUGCGGAAAUUGAAUCGAAGCAUCCACAAAUAACAGCCAAAUGGAAGUCUAUAAUUGCACAAAAUGCUGCAAAGGCAAAGAAACAAAAUGAUAUACACAACCAUGUGGAACGGACGGCAGCAUGUGAACGCUGGAAGUUGCUGAAGAAUGUGAGCAAAUUGGGGCUUCAGCGCUCGAUAUCGGUGACCAUAGAUGAAAACGGUGGCAGCAACGCUGAAGGUUCAUCCGUGGACGACAGCGUUUCUUUAUCCGUUUGCAAUAUGCAUGAAAUGAAAGAUGACAUUGAGGAGUACGAAGAGGACAAUGAGACACCGGCGCCUUAUUUGCAACGAAAGCGAUCGAGCGUUUAUGGCUCACGGCAUCUCCUCUAUGAUUUACCUCUACCAAUCGAUGAGUGCCAGGCAGAUGAUGUCAUUAUGCGCCCACGUCGCCGGCAAGUGCUGAACCGUCGAGUUGGCAGGACAACCAACUCUUGGCAUAGAUUAAGCGGUCUCAGCACACUAACGGCCACGUCGGCAUCAAGUUCUAAUAGUGGAACUCCAAUUCAUCGCAGCGGGAGCAGCUAUACAGAAAGCAGUGCAGAUGGCAUCGAAAUGGUUAUGCCGACAUUGUCGCCAGAUCCGCGAAUAAGAUCUUGGCAGCCGAAAAAAAACUUACAGCAUCAGGCACUGGCGCGGAAUGCGUCAUCACCGCCGGCGAUUGAUAUGCCUCAAAUCACAGAUACAAAGCCUGCAGCAACAUCGGAGGAUCAAGUUCGUGGCAGUUUUCAGCUGUUUUUGCGACGCAUGUCCAUGCGGCGUUCCAAUAAGCCCAAGCACCAUCAUCAACCAUUGAGCGCAACCAAUUCGAUUCUGAGCAUCUCUGAAGAAUCUGCUGCUACAUGUGCUUUUCCAACUGCCGAUCGUGGUUCACUGCCCUCCUCAUCUGCUUGCACAUUUAAUUCAGAUGCGAAUGAUUUAGAGGCACUUUCCCCUCUAAACCCGCUGACAUUGAUCAAAUCAAACGAAAAAGGUGUAAAUAUAGACUGCAAGGAUGGGACAUCAUUUCGCGGUAGCCAUUGCAAUAUUAGCAACAUUUCCCAGGAACUCAGUACUGACGUUGAAGUAUCAAACGUGACGUCACUGAGGCCACUGCAAGACGAGGGUAAUAUGGAGGUACAGUACGCAGGUACAGGGAAUGAAUUGUUACCAGUGUCAGAGUCUGCAAAUGAUGCGGAACGAAAAUAUGGAAAAAUAUCGCAUCACAUAUAUCUGAUGUAUAUACGCGCCUGUGGCGUGCCCAUAAUCACAGUCUUUUUUAUCACUGCACUAAUUUGGCAAUGUUUGCGUGUCUACACGGACGUUUGGCUGCAGCACUGGAGCGAUGUCCACAUCCAGACACGUGAGGACGUGCAGAAAGAGGAGGGCCACGAAGUCACGUACUAUUUCUGCAUGUACACCGCAAUUUCGUGUGUUUGCAUUAUAAUGGCCAUGAUAUCAACACCGGCCGGACAAUGGGCCGGCUGUAAUGCCCGUCGUAAUUUGCACGAUAAGCUGCUGCAAUCGAUUUUGCAUAAAACGUUGCACUUUUUUCAAGUUACAUCGCCCGGACGCAUUGUGAAUCGUUUCAGCAACGAUAUGGCGAUCAUUGAUAAGAAAAUUGCCGCAACUUGCCAAAGGUUGCUACAAUUUAGUUUGCUCUGCAUUUCCGCCAUUUUGAUAAAUGUGAGUAUUACGCCCUGGUUUUUGGCCUCCACACUUCCCAUCUGUGCAGCCUACUAUAUAAUACAAAAGUUCUACAGGUGCUCAGCGCGUGAAUUACAACGCAUUGAAAACCUGACUAACUCUCCGGUUAUUUCGCAUUUAUCGGAAACAAUUCAAGGUGUGACCACAAUACGUGCGUACAAUCAGCAGGCACGCUUCACAGAGAUUCUCUUCAAACGCCUUGAAGCCAACACAAUUGCAUUUGCUUUAUUGAACACGAGCCACCGCUGGCUUGGCAUAUCAUUGGACUAUUUAGGUGGCUGCAUUGUUUUUCUGGCCAUUGUGACGUCAUUGGCAACAGCCAGCUUCAGUUGCAGCAAGUAUAGAUACGCCAGGGACGUAGCUGAAACUUAUGCUAACAAUAAAAGCAUGCCAGAAGAUUUCACUUCGGAACUGAGUCCAACGCCGUCGCUUGUCGGUCUGGCUAUAAACUACACGUUGUUGGUGCCGAUUUACCUUAAUUGGGUUGUAAAACUUUUGGCUGAUAUGGAGAUGUAUGCGGGCUCGGUGGAACGCAUUGCACACUAUGCCAAGGGACAGGACUCGGACUUGGAAGCGAGCGAAGAAAUAAGCAAUGAAGUCGAUAGGUCGUCCUCGGCGAUGUGGACUGCCGGUGACAAAGUUUGCCCAAGCGCAACGACAGCUGCCGUUGAUGUUGAUGAAGAUGGUGGAGAUGCUGGAGAUGCUGGAGAUGGGGAAAAUGCUGAUAAAUUAAAUGCAGGCAAUGCAACCGGCGACGGCAAUCACUUAAACUUCCACUUCCACACGGCGACAGCUGCUGACAAGAUACAGAAGGCGACGACUCAGACGUCGGUGAUUAGAGAUAAGAAACUGCCACCACCACACAGUGCGAAGGUCGAGCUGCCUAAUGAGCCAGCUAGAAGGCGCCUGUCCUGCCAACUUAAACGAUACCAGAGCGUACCAAUAUCUUGGCCACAAAGAGGCGACAUUAGCUUCGAAAAUGUCAGCCUGCGUUAUGAAGGCCAAACGCAGAAUGUUAUCAGCGGCCUAACAUUAAAAAUACCAGCGGGACAACGGCUUGGCAUCUGUGGUCGUACUGGCUGCGGUAAAUCAUCGUUGGGCUUAUCUUUAUUCGGUGUUUUACAAGUCACAAGCGGCCACAUUCGUAUUGACGAGAUGGACAUUAAACAAAUUCGACCAGAAGAGCUGCGAACGAGAUUAUCGAUAAUUCCACAAGACGUGCAUUUGUUCAACACGACAAUACGAGAGAAUCUCGACCCACAUGGUUAUUACUCGGAUUUACAGUUGUGGAACUGCCUUGAGUUGGCGCAGUUAAAAGAGUUUGUCAAAGUGAAUCUCCCGUUGGGUUUAUCCACUGUAAUUAUUGAUGGUGCCAUUAACUUAAGCGCUGGCCAGCGGCAAUUGCUGUGCCUUGCACGGGCGAUUCUACGCGGCUCCGUUUGCUUGGUACUGGACGAAGCAACAAGUGCUCUGGACAGUACCACGGAGGCAGCACUGCUGAGGGCCGCAGAUAAAGCAUUCCAGGGGCGAACCAUCAUAACCAUUGCCCACCGACUCACAACUAUUCUGGAAUAUGACCGUAUAAUUGUGAUGGAAAGUGGUCGCGUCAUAGAGGAUGGAAAUCCACGGACUCUGCAACAACUUCCAGGCUCUGCUUUUCAACGGCUGCUUGAAAAACGUUCAGCGAGGUCGUAGACUAAAGCGAGAUUCAUUAACUGCGCAAAAACGCGAACAAUAAAGUAUUUUUCUGCAUCUUACACCAAAUAUAAAAUAGAUGAAGCCAAUUAUAGUUGCGAGUUGAGUCGAUAUCUAA